CUAUUGAAAAGACGGACAAGACAAAGCCAUAUUUUCUUUCUCCAACAAUUACAACUGAUUCAACUGUUCUGUGUGUGGUCAACAAGGCUUGCCAUUUUGAUAUGCAUUUCACCGCAGGAGAUAACUUCGGAUUCGUUGGGAGAUGUCCAGCUUUGACUGAAACAAGCCGCAGUCCAGUUCAAGGCGUACAUAUCUUUGAUGGUAAAAGACAAGCCACGGAAUGUACUACAGAUGUAUCUUACGUUCCUCCAGCAGUCGACGGCGAACAUAUCCUAUGUCUUCAAGUAGCAUUACCAGGGAAGAAGGGUGAGAAAAGGUGCUACACAAUCAAAGUAGUGAACGACACCCAAAAGGAAGUUAUAUCACCGUGCCGCGGAGUCACAUGUGAGCAUGGUGGGAAAUGUCUGGCUGAUUUUAGAUCAAACCCUCCAAAAACAUCUUGUCUCUGCAUGUCUGGUUUCACAGGCAACGAAUGUAAAACAGACAUCGACGACUGCAGUCCUAAUCCUUGCCAAAACGGUGCAACUUGUGUUGAUCAGGUCAACAAUUAUACGUGCACCUGUAACCUUGGAUACACCGGCCGUGACUGUGACAUAGAUAUAGGCGACUGUGUUCCGAAUCCUUGCAAAAACGGAGCAUCUUGUGUUGAUGAAGGGAACAAUUAUACUUGCACUUGUUAUCCUGGUCAUACAGGCCGUAAUUGUGAAAUAGUUCUGGAUCCGUGUAGCUCAAAUCCGUGUCUAAGAGGAACUUGUUUCCAUCAUGCACCAAAGUAUCAUUGUUUAUGCCCCACUGGGUAUACAGGAAAGAAGUGUGAAAGUAGUAUCAACGAGUGCCAAUCGCAGCCUUGUCUAAAUGGUGGUGUAUGUGUGGAUAAUAUUGGUUAUUUUACGUGUAACUGCUCGAAUGGAUUUGUUGGAAAACUUUGCGAAACUGAUGUAGAUGAAUGCAUUUCCCAGCCGUGCCUAAAUGGAGGAUUCUGUAAAGAUGGCAUUAACCAGUUCUUGUGUCAAUGUCGUGCAGGAUUUGAUGGUGACAGGUGUCAGAAUGGUAUUGAUCCCUGCACAAGUAACCCUUGUGUAAGAGGAAUCUGUUUUUCCCAUGAGUCCCAGUUUCUUUGCGAAUGCCCGAAGGGAUUUACGGGAGAGCUGUGUGAAACUACCUUACAGCUCACUCUUAAUGGACCAAAAGAAACAUUUUUGAAAGUACCUGUCGGUAGUGAACUAACGUUGAACUGCAGCAUAUCUGGGCUGCAUCCACCUACACUGUAUUGGUCAAAAUUAAAUGGAUGCGGAUUCAAACAUGAAAAUAUCAAAGAGCUUGAUUUAACUGGAAAGUUUUAUUCACCGCUUUUGAAUCUGGAGCGUGAUUACGCGGUCCAAGAUGACGAGGAGAUUGCGACUGUAGUCGCCGAGGCACAUGGCGGCUGCUUGGUGGAGACCCAACAGGGCUACGCUCCUGCGAUAGAACAGAAAGACAAAGCCGACGUGUUAAAGUAUGAGCUAGAAAAAUAA